AUGGAUCCAUUGACCGCACUCCCUGCCGAGGUUGUCCUACGCAUCCUGGACUUUGCAUGUCUUGACAGCAUAGCCCAGUUAACGCGACUCACUCGAGCGUGGCACCAGUUCAUCGAUUACAAUCACCCAGAUGCCAUAUAUGCAGCGAAGCUUCCGCACGUGACGACUCUGAGGGAGCCACAAAAUUACUUCAAGGAUCUCAAAUCGUUCGCAAGAUAUGGCGAAGGCGUCCAGUCAUGGAAGGACGCUUGUCGGCGGCGCACCCUGCUCGCCAGGAACUGGAAGGAUGAGCGGCCAACGACGCGGGAGUCUAUCAUCCGCUUCCAGGCUGCCAACCACUUUGUAUGGCGCUUCAAACCCGACUUUAAGCGACGGCUUUUCAUAUCGACAAGCCAAGCGGGUGGUAUCUACGUGACCGAUAUGGACACCAGUGCCUUACUGUGGUGCCUGCAAGGUGAUGGUGAUGUGCGCGGCUAUGCGCAUCUCGAGUAUCAAGACGGCACUGCUGUUUGGGAUAGAUUCGGCAAUACUCUAGAAGUCUGGAAAACGGACCUUCCGGGCCUGGAAAGGGGAGAAUUCCGCAACGUUGCCCUUUUGCCCCAUGAAGCGGAAACCCGAGGCUUCCAGCUGUCGUUUGACACCCUUUGUGUCGUUUCUACUGAUGGGAAGGGUUUCGUAUACGACAUACCGACAGGUGACAGACCACCUAUUUUGAGAACCACUCUUGACAUACAGCAAGGGGCAAUUGGUCACCUCGACCAGGGAGAGCACGCGGUGAUGUAUUCUAUGGGUGAUGCGGGCUAUCAUUUCUAUGACAAAACAUCAGGCAGCUCACUAGGAACCAUUCAACCUCAAUUAGUAGAUCCAUUCAAGGUCUAUCAUAUCAACCACCCGGCAGCCCCCGCGUCAGACUUUGAUCUUGUCCGCCGAGAAAUCCUCAAUCUUCUCCCUCCAACAAGCACCGAUCAACCACCUUUCCCACCUGACAAUCCUCAAAAUGACCGCCUCGUGCCCUGCCAGAUUCUUGAUGGAACGCUCAGGUCUAGCUUUCCCGUACCAGCAGCUCUCAACACGCCAACGCUAGCUGAGGACGACUGGGGGGCCGGCAUGUUGAACGGUAAAACGAUGGUUGGAGUCUCCCGCGGAGGAAGAGUCCUUAUUUGUAGGGAUUGGCCUCGAGCUUUGCGCAGUGAAGGUGACUUCGUUGCCGUUUCCUCCAUUGUCGAAUGCGAACCCAGCUCUGGUGCAGACUUCGACCUUGGCGGAUGGCUCUCGAUCCAUGAAACAGGCGAUGACAAGCGCAUUAUCUUCGAGAUCAAAAAUAGGAUAUACAUACUCCCCAUCAGCGCCGUGGGAGGUCCGAUCGCGCGGCUACCCGUUUUGGUGGCUACCACGAGCUUGCCGGCUCUCGGUGUCCCUGUUAGUUUCAUGGGCAUCUAUGAUGACUGCAUCAUGAGCACGUUCACGAUGGUUAGGCCGGAGAUGACCGCACCUGACGAGCCAGAAGAGGACGGAGACGAUUCUCCAACUUGGCGAAUCACACCCACCAAGAUCAUCAGAGUGCUCAGCUUGGCACCAGAGCUUUCAUCGAUGGCGUCCUAA